AAAAGUGCGUUUUAGAAUGAUUACCGUCGGCCAGCAUAGAGACAGAUUAUACCGCUCUACACAACUGUUGUUUUAAUCCUCUGGGCGAGGAGAUUUAGACAAGGGGGGAGAAAAAACCCAGCAGCCAUAUUGUAUGGAAAAACGACGAGAAGACUCCUUUUUUCAGAAAAAGUCGUUUUGUCCAACAACCCUGACAGGACUUUGGAGGAGUUUAAUCCGUCUUCAAGGCCAGUGGGGGUGGUGGAGGCUUCAUGUCGGACAGCUAGCUUGCCAGCUGCUUGACUAGAAGAGAGACUAGAGACUAGCUUUUCACUCACUAUUUGGUGUCAUUAUUUGGAUUUCAGGCGUUAAUUCUCGUCUGAAAGAUGAAGGACCGAUUGGAGCAACUGCGAGCGACGUGCGACCAAGACGACGAUGAAGUGGAGAUCGCGAUGGACAACGCGGCCUUCAUGGACGAGUUCUUCUCCCAGAUUGAGGACAUCAGGAACAGCAUUGACAAGAUAGACGAGAACGUGGCUGAGGUCAAAAAGCUUUACUCCGUCAUCCUGUCUGCUCCAACGUCAGAUCAAAAAACGCAGGAAGACUUGGAAGCGAUCACCAAUGACAUCAAGAAAAUGGCCAACAACGCUAGGAACAAACUCAAGACCAUCGAGAGGAACCUGGAGUCGGAAGAACAGGAGAGAGUGUCGGCUGACAUGCGGAUACGUAAAUCGCAGCAUGCGGUGCUGUCCAGGAAGUUUGUGGAGGUCAUGACAAAGUAUAAUGAAGCCCAGGUGGACUUCAGGGAGAGGAGUAAAGGACGUAUACAGAGACAGCUAGAGAUCACCGGAAAGGCCACAACAGAUGAAGAACUCGAGGAGAUGUUGGAGAGCGGUAAUGCGGCUGUGUUCACGGCAGGGAUUGUGGACUCUGGCAUCUCCAAACAAGCCCUGAGUGAGAUCGAAGCCAGGCACAAAGACAUUGUCCGUCUGGAGAGCAGCAUCAAGGAGCUGCACGACAUGUUCGUAGACAUUGCAAUGCUGGUGGAGAACCAGGGCGGAAUGAUUGACAGGAUUGAGAGCAACAUGGACCAGUCGGUGGGCUUUGUGGAGCGAGCCGUAGCAGACACUAAGAAAGCCGCAAAGUUUCAGCAAGAGGCUCGACGUGUGAGUGACCGCAGUGGAGAUGAGCGGUUCGGGUUUCCCAAAAGCAUGGAGGAAAGGCCGACCUGGUCAGUGUGCUCAUGCAUCAGGGUAUACAGUCGCCCCUCGCUACAUCGUGCUUCGAACAUCACUCCCUCACUCUAUCGCGGUUUAAAAAAGAUGUAUUAAUAAAUGAUCACUGUUUUGUGGUUGACAAUGGCCUAUUAUUGGCAAAAAAAUAUGAUAUUCAUAUUUACUCAAAUUUUACAUAUUUUUUUACCCAAAUUAAGCAUUUGCAAGCAUAAAAAUGGCUAAGUGAACUAUCAACUUGUGAAUGUAGUAUUCUAAAUUGGUCACUAGGUGUCAGUAAUUGUCCGGUGAGACAAGCACCAGACUCGAUUGCCAGAACAGCAGGCUUUUAUUGUACGUUUAAAUGAUCUCAUAAACAGGCACAAUAAUAAUAACACGGGUAACUGUCAACAACAAGCUAAAACUCAACUCUGAGCCCCCAAAGUCACUUUCUGUCCGCCACCGAUGCUGCUUCCCUACAAGGUAAACUGUCUUAAAUGGCACAUUUUCUCUGAUUUAUAUUGGGUAGUAUGAAUGUAAAGGUGACUAUCGGCGUUUAUUUCAUGUCUAGAGGGCUCUCAUAAUGUUUAAAAAACGUAUUUAGAAGAUCAUAAACAGGUUUUCUAUGCCAUAACUACGAAAAUAUUCUAUUUCUAAAGAAGGAAUCCUACUUUGUGGAAAUUCACUUAUCACGGUUAUCUGGAACUAGUUAACGACAAACGAGGGAUGACUGUUUAUAGCAACCUGUGUUAGUUAUAGUAAAUUGACUACACUACUAGACAGUAUUAGAGACUAUAUUAGACGCUACACUUGUAGCAUUUCCAGCAACGCAUCGCACUUGUGUUACAUUAUAACCGUCGUUUUGCUCAAACUAAGUAACCAUGUGUUGUAUUUUAAUGUGAAGUCUCCGUUUCCCUCUGCAAACGAGACAAACAAGACAAAUUCCUCUUGAACAGCAGCAUGCUUUUGGAAGACCAGAACCCUUCCCCAGACCCUCACCGAGAUGAUCCUACCUGAUCCCAACCUGACCCCCACUCAGUCCCAGCCGAAUUUGACCACACACACACACGCACACACACACACACACACACACACACCUCCACACUCUAUUCUAUACUUUGCUUUCUCUCUCUUAUUGUGUGUUUAAAUAAAGUUUGUAUUGACCCGUGAAGGUAAGUCAACAUAGCCGUUCAAAUGGAUUGCUUUAGUCAACAUACGGUAAGGUAAGCCGCUUUGAACUCAUAUGAAUGCAGAUUUUCAAGCACCAAACUGGGAAAACACACACACAUUGGAGUUGGACAACAUGAGGUUUGCUGAAGUAAGGUGAUUUGUGCAACACGUGGCCAGUAUGUGCUUUUUUUCUGACGCACUCUGAUGGAAGUUUUAAUACGGACCGUCUAUUUCUGUAAGCAGGAAGUUCAUCUUGUGGAACUGACCCACUUUCUUUUGUUGACUUCACUUUAUGAUUACAGUCAUCAUUAUUGCUACGUUGCGUUUAUGAGUACAGUGGUCCCUCACACCCACAUCGUUGUUCCAGGUUCACAGCUCCAGGUUCACGCUGUUUGCCGUUGUUCUAUUACGCACGUAGGUGCUGAACCAAUGCACAGAGUAAAGAGCCAAGAAAAGUCACCAUACUCCAUACCAAAUGCCGUAUUAAAUUAAAGCUUAUUGACAAGAUAUUUUUCGUGACGUGUUGGCGGAUGCAAACUUACCAUGACUCUCACAAAAAAUUGCAGACAAAUUCCACACCGCAGACAUGUUUGUUUGGGUUUUGCGCCCGCACGCCUGCACAGUGCAAAGCAAAGGGGGAGGGGUACGCUAUCCGAGACAUUCGAGCAAGACACUACACUGCACACAGGGAUCUCUGCAGACUGCAAUAGUGCCAGCCACAGGUGAUCGGCGUUGAAAGGCAUUUAUCAACGUAGGCCGAUCACAUGCUUUUCCACGGAAAUCAUCCGAUACUGAUCGGUGGCCGAUCGAUUGGAGCAUCGGUAGUCAUGACAUAAAUUGCGCUCUGAUUGUAAAUGAAGAAAUAACGAGAGCCGUGCAGGAAUGACAGUGCAGGGUGGAAAGUUCUCCUGACCAUCCCAUCUGUACUCCCCAACAGAGAGUGCUGCAAGUAGCGCUGAUUGUUCUGGUCUUGCUGGCAGUACUUGCCCUCAUAAUCGGGUUGUCAGUGGGCCUGACGCGCGGCUGACGAGCUGUUUGAGUAAGAUGAUUGCUCAGGGUGAGUAACUUGGGAGAAAAUUAGCAGUGGAGCUGCACAGGGUGCGGGGCCUUCUUUUGGAAAAGGGUUUUGCAUGCUCCUGACACUGAAAAAAAGGCUUUUUGUGUGUAGAGGGCUUAGAUGUACGUGGUGGCGUGUGUGAAGUUUGUGGGCGGGUGUUUUCUCUCGCCUAGCAAACAAACCAAGCAGGGCUUUAACCUCAAUCUCCUCUCUGUGUUUCCCUCUCUGUAGAAGAUGAUCAUAAUCGGUGUGGUCUGUGCUGUGCUUGUCGUCGUCCUCCUUGCCAUCAUCCUCUCACAGACGCUAUAGCAGGACCUCGGUCAUGUUCGGUCAUCUUCAUUCCAUCCUGCCAUCAUUUCAUUCAUCUCAUCCCCUGUCUGGUUGAGCAUCUGGAGUCUCCCGCAAACAAGACUUGACCUUUGUUUACUUUACGUCACUCUGAAGCUAAGGACAGUUUGUUCUGCCAUAAAUGAAGACUGAACCUGACGUCACGCCACAGUCCUUGCGAGGGGCCGCUCAUCAUUUUAUCGUUCAGGUGUUACAUUGUUCAUAUGAAAUGAAUGGACAUGACCCUCUGCUAUAGGAGCGUGCCACGCCCCUCAUUGUUUUUAUGCCUUUUGUGAGUCUUUGACACAUUUCACAAUGUACUGGGAAUUUGAAGGUUCUUGGCGGUUUCAGCACUUUCACGCUUAAAAGAAGCAUCUUUGUUUGUUUGUUGCUAUUGUCUUAAAAGUGAAGAGAGCAAGCAAGAUGCUCCAUAGUAAAACCAAAGGUUAGUAACACAAGUGAUGACAGCACCCAAAUAGCGUUUAUCUGUUGUUGAUGAAGUCUUGCCAAUAAAGUUGCACCAACACUCUAUAAUAUCAAGUUGCACCUUCUCAAACUGUAACCUUUUGUUUUAUAAUGUUUUGUUUAUGGUUUUAACUGUCUUAAAUAAGUUGCCAAAUAUGCAAACACCACACCCCUGUCAGGAUUCCUCCCGUUAGACUUUACACAAACUCCACUCUAUUGUUUACAGAGGAACCGUUUGUUUCUAUUGUUUGUGCCUAAAUAGCAAUAAAGAUAGAUUGCAUGUGAGUCGGUACACUGUGAAAUGAACACCUGCAAAAGGUUUUAUUGCUCAUUUGGUGUCAGACUGCAUCAAAUGAAUUCAAAGAAUUGAAUUGUUCUGUUUUUUUGGUAGAAAAGCGUGUUAAAGAACCACUGCCGCUGAGAGACAGACAUAUUUAUCCAUGUGGACUGCUUCGUGAACGGUGCCUUCAUUUGUCAAAGAGGGCACCAGCGAGACAUUUCUACCACCUGUAAUGAGGGAACAAGACUAUGUGAUUGUACUAAUGUUUUAAUACAAAUAAAUGUUUUAUAAUGUA